UCGGGAACCUCAAGCGCGCGCCGGCCCCUCCCCCCGCCCAGCGCGCGGCCCCGCCCCGGCCCCGCCCAGUGCGAGGGGCGGUGGGCGCGGCCUCCAGGACCCGCGCUGCCUGAGCCGUUCCGGGCCACGCCAUGGAUCCGCCCGCGCGGAAAGAAAAGCCCAAAGUCAAAGAGCCCGUGAGCAGAGUGGAGAAGGCGAAGCAGAAGUCAGCCCAGCAGGAGCUGAAGCAGAGGCAGAGAGCCGAGAUCUACGCCCUCAACAGAGUCAUGACAGAACUGGAGCAGCAGCAGUUCGACGAGUUCUGCAAACAGAUGCAGCCCCCCGGAGAGUGAGGAGGAGCCCGCCCUGGGGUGUGCACCUGCCCCCACUGUGAGCUGAUGUGCCCAGUGGAGCCUUACAGAACUGUGCUGGAACGCACCAUGGACGACCUGGACUUGCUUCCUGUGUGGAACCACUGCACUGGUCCCCCGGAUCUCACUGGCCCAGUGUUUGCUGAAGAGACUUCUUUUCUUCUACGGUGAUAGAUUCCUUUUUUUAAAAAACCUUUUUCUAUUGUUUAAGAAAAAUCAGUGUUUCUUGUAAAACUGUAUCUUCUCCAAAAAUGCAAAUAAAAUACUAAUAA